AUGGUUAAAUCGGGGACAAAAGCGUUCACGAACGCGGACGUGACGAGUAGUUCUGGGCUUAGUGACGCGACUAGCGAGGCUGACGUUGACCUGACACGCUUGGCCAGGAAGCGGAAAGCCGGCAAAGAACCCGGGGGCGACGAGAACUUGGAACCCAACCAGGAGCCCGUCAUUGAUAAACAGUUUCCGAAAAACCUGGGAGAAAAUUGCGCCUCUGUGGCGUCUGUUGUGAAGAGGACCAAGUUGGCGUUGAGCGGUAUGUGGAGCGCCGCGGCUUCGGGAACCGUGGCUACGUUACGGGUAAAGAAUGGCCAGAAAUCCGACGCGGACUUCGCCGGACUGGACAAUGUUGGGAACACUUGUUUCGUGAACUCGUGUUUGUAUGCCUUGCGUUUUCUCCCCGGUUUCCCCGGUGCAAUGCACGAAUUUCAGAAGAAAAUCGUGCAGCUGGGGAAGAAGGUUGAACUGGAAUCUCAAGAGCUGAAAAGCUGUGCAGAGCUUGUUUUGAGUCUGCACGAAGUUUUUCUUGAGCUUAGGAAACGGGAGACUGCGGGUAAAAAGAAUCCGGAAGCCGUUCGCCCCCUGGCAUUUGUCGACGCGUUCAGAAAUUGUCAGCCUUCGUACCAAAAGGGCGAUCAAUUCGACGCGCACGAGUUUCUCUUGUUGAUCCUCAACUCUCUCAGCGUGCUGGCGAAAGAAGUGCACAAGGUGGAGCGACGCUUGCGCGGCGAGGCGGAAGAGGCGGCGUUGGCGCGACGUAACAACGGCGGCAAGGAUCGAGCUGGAGACGCCGGCGGACGGACGCGGGUCCGGCGGUCGAGCAGAUGGAACAAGGGCCGAUGCGGCAGUGGCGGCGGCCUGGACGUGGCCGUGGUAAACCCGUGGGUUUUGGCCAAGGCUGAGCUGAAUAACGCUUUUGGAUUCAUGUCGCUCGGGGGCUGGAGAGGCGCUGGUAACAAGGCUGUGCGGGAGAACGUCGUUGAUGGGAACGAGAGGGUGAAAACUGAAGCAGUGGAUGCCUGUGAUUACCAGGAAACACACAUGACGGGAACAUGUGUGGUUGAAACCAAGUGUCUGGACUGUGAGGAGACUACGAACAUCGUAGAGAGCUUUACACUGCUCAGCAUCCCUGUCGAUGACGAAGGAUUGACUUUAAGCGAAGAAGCCAGUGAUGAUCCGUCGUAUACCCCGAUUUUGAAUCGUUUACGAGUCGAGGACUUGCUGGCGGACGAGAACAAGAUUUUCUGCGAUAUUUGUUCCACGCGACAACCGGCUAAACGUUCCGUUGCAUACUCCCGGUUGCCUGCCAUUCUGGUCCUUCAUUUGAAACGCUUCUCUACGUUCUACAAUGCACGAACGUCGAAGAUUGAAAGUGAAAAAUCGAUCGAUUUUUUGCGGACGCCGUCGGUGAUACCUUGCUUUUGUCAGGAAUGUGAACGCGGUGCAUCAGGAAGUACCAGAAUAAAAUGCAAAAAUACCAACAUUGUGUCUCCGGAUGUAUCUUACCCAAAGAGAAAAGAACAUCAAGCAAAAAUCUCGGAUUCGUCGAUAAACCGGAGAACCGAGUUGCUCUUGCCAGGCAAACAUCAGCUCAUCUUCAUGCCAUUAACCAUCACCGGAAAUGACAAAAGUGCAAGACUAAUGGAUGUAACGAUGUUUUAA